AUGUCGCUCCAAGCACUCGGAGCAGUGCUGUUCCUCGUGCUGACCGUCCUCGUCGCAGUCAAGCUGGACAGUCCCGAUCGCAUGUCAUGGCCGAUAGCGUUCAUCCCCUGCUGGAUAUUCGAUGGCGUCGCUUGCAUCCUGUGCGUCCGGAUGCGCAGACGGCGGCGCAACCACUCCAUCCCAGCCAAGCAGCUCGCUCUGCGCGCGGGCUUUCUCGCCUUGAUGAUUGCGUUCCAAGUCCUGCUUGUUCUGCGACUGGAAGGGCUGCUGACUGUUCGGUGGAUUGCCGUCCUGGCGCCGCUGCUCGCCUUCGAGCUGCUGUUCGCAGGAACGUCUGUGCUUUACAUUCAUCACAACCGCCCGUACUGA